AUGUUACCCUCAAUGAAUUUCGCUCUAUCAUCCGGCAGUGCAUGUACAUCCGCUUCACUAGAGCCAUCUUAUGUUUUAAGAGCAAUAGGGACUGAAGAGGAUUUAGCACAUUCUAGCAUUCGAUUUGGUAUCGGACGAUUCACCACUGAAGAGGAAGUUGAUUUUACAGUCGCUGAACUAAGUAAACAUGUUCAGCGGCUCCGUGAAAUGAGUCCUUUAUGGGAAAUGGUAUCAGAGGGAAUCGACAUAAAGUCGAUACAAUGGACACAACAUUGA